AUGGUGGACAUGGUUUCUUUGUGCUUCGUCUGGAAAGAGAAUGCCAGGUAUGACAGAUAUGCUGGGUUCGCCUGUAAAGUGAGACGUCAGGUGUUGAGAAUGUUUCUGUACAGGACAUCGACAACGCUGGUUUCAGUUCGCCUCCGCGAACGUCUCUUUCUGCUGGUUCGACUAUGGUUUCAUGUUCGGCCGGAGCACCUUUGUGUGGGUGGCCCUGGUCUGCCACGCCUUGGCAUUCGAUGCUGUCCCAGACAUUUGCAAUCAGCAGUUGGCCACGGAAUGGUUGCCUUCUCUCUUCAGCAGGUCUCAACAAUACACAAUCUCUUUUCAGGUCUCAAGAACAUAAUUUCGGUCAUUCCGUUUCUUAGUCUUGCCAGCGUUCCCAUUCAUCCAAGGCAAAGAGCACUCGGCAAUAAGAUGUUUCGGCAACUUGGUCAAGGUAUGAAGUCGCUCCACAGCACGCACUUGGCCAGUCAGUCAUUGCCAUCUUCUGCUCAACCACAAGUAAACUCAGCAAGAAACUCCACCAUCUCUUCAAACCGGUCGGAUUCAAGAAGCGGUUCAGAGGUUCCAAGACAACCGCAAGUCACUAGUUCUGGUAGGUCUAUUGUCUCUCGCGCAUCCCCUCGCUCUAGGAGUCAACCCUUCAAUGAGCCCGUGGAAUGGAGACGCACAGGAAGAGAGACACGUUCUACUUCAUCGGAUGCCGGUCCUGAUACCCCAUCGGGAUCCAGUCCCACUACUUCGUUUCCGUCAGAGAUAGGUCCUGGCAGUCCAUCAGAGGCCAGUCCUACUGAUCAUUCAGAGAACGAUGCUAUUCCUUCAUCAAUAACCCAUCCCACCACUCCAUCAGAGACCCGCACUACUUCAUCAGAGGCCGCCGAGGAUACCGAACGCAGAAUUCUGAUGGAAUGGGAAAUGAGAAAUUUCAGGCACAAUGAAGGGAUUUCAGCCCAGGUGCCCCGCCAUCUGCCACAGCCGUUGAAGCAGCUGCUCAGACGAGCGAGAAAGAGAGACAAGAAGGCAGCAAUGAGCAAGAUAGUCGAAGCGAGCUUUCAAAUGAUGCAGCUGCAGCUGGUCUGCACGUUCGUAGGAAGUAUCAACAUGGCAAGGCCGUGGACUGAAGAGCCUCACGGGAGGAUAUUGUCUCAUAGCAGACCCCAAAUAGGCAAUGCACCUACACCAAACAGGGAAGGUGGCGACAAGUCCGCCCACCCCAAGCGAAGCGAAGCAAAGCCUAUCAGCCGCAAAUGA